AUCGAAGCAGCAGCAGCUAAAAUGUUCUGGUUUAAGAAGUUGUGGUGUUGUAGCUCCCCGGCUGACAAGGAUGAGGAGCCACACAGACCCAAACCUGAGAAGAAGGAGAAGAAGAAGAAGAAAUGGUGGCAGAGACUCAAAAAGAAGGCGAGGCAGGAGGACACGAAUGUGGAGGAACAACAGAUAACAGGAAACGAAGAGAACGCAGGGAUGAGCACCCAGGUUCGGCUGGACCAAGGGCAGGAACCAGAGGUACAGGUGGUACAGAUGAAAGAGACGAACCAGGUGGAGCCGAGCUCGGAGGAUAAUCAGAUGAUGGGAAAUGAGGAGAAUGCAGGGAUGAAUACACAGGUUCUGCAGGACCAAGGGCAGGAACCAGAAAUACAGGUGGUACAGAUGGAAGAGAAGAACCCGGUAGAGCCGAGCAUGGAGGAGAAGAAGCUUAUAGAAGGGAUUGAAGCAGAUCCACUUGAGGCUGUUCUGGAGAAGAUCUUCAGGUCCUCUGAUGAAGUGGUGCAGCAGCAGAAAGUUCAGGACGAGCAUGUUUUUAUUGCUCCCACAUUCAUAACCCAAUAUAAAGAGUAUGAGAGACUGAUGGAGACCACGAUCGAGAAUGAAGGCAUGUUUGACCCCGCCGGCGCCCCCGUGUUGCCGGUCUACAUGCUGAAGAUGAAGAGAACGAGCCGCUGGACCGUGCGCCCUGUAAUGGUGCUGCCAUCCUCACAAUACGUCUCAUCGGCUCUGCUGUGUUCUGCAGCGCUGUGGCGUCCUUCAGAACGUCCUUGCUCCACAGGGAUCGUCCAGAAACUUUUCCGUCAUCAAAAUAAAAAUAAAGUUAAUUAAAAAAAUUAA